AUGUCGUCUUCCGUCUUUCGAGGCGCAUCUCGCGCCCUGCGAUGCUUGCCGAGAGGGGCAGCUCCGGCAGCUCUGCCUCGCGCGAGUGGCGUGAGCAGAUGCAUUUCGACGACAAGCCUCGAGGGUCAGCAACAGCUGUUAUCUGCCAAACUACAGCAAGCCGAUCCGGCCGUCUUUGACAUCAUCGAGAAGGAGAAAACGAGACAAAAGCACUUUAUCAACCUUAUCCCCUCCGAGAACUUCACCUCCCAGGCCGUCCUCGAUGCCUUGGGCAGUGUGAUGCAAAACAAGUACUCCGAGGGUUACCCCGGCGCAAGAUACUACGGCGGAAACGAGUUCAUCGACCAAGCAGAGCGUCUCUGCCAGCAGCGAGCGCUUGAGGCUUUUGGCCUUGAUGCGAAGCAAUGGGGCGUCAACGUACAGGCUCUCUCCGGUGCCCCCGCCAACUUGUACGUCUACUCCGCCCUGAUGAACACCCACGACCGUCUCAUGGGAUUGGACCUGCCCCACGGCGGUCACCUUUCCCACGGGUACCAAACACCAACCAAGAAGAUCUCCGCCAUCUCCAAGUACUUCGAAACCGUUCCCUACAGGCUGGACGAGACCACCGGCCAAAUCGACUACAAUAAGCUGGAGGAGCUGGCCAUGCUGUACCGCCCCAAGGUCAUUGUGGCCGGAGCCAGCGCCUACAGCAGACUUAUCGACUACAAGCGCAUGCGCGAGAUUUGCGACAAGACCAACGCAUACCUUCUUGCCGACAUGGCUCACAUCUCUGGUCUGGUAGCAGCCAAGGUCAUGCCCGGUCCCUUUGGCUACGCCGACAUCGUCACCACCACCAGCCACAAGAGCUUGCGAGGACCUCGCGGUGCCAUGAUCUUCUUCCGCAAGGGUGUGCGCCGACAGAACGCCAAGAAGGAGGACGAGAUGUACAACCUCGAAGGACCCAUCAACAGCUCCGUCUUCCCCGGCCACCAGGGAGGCCCCCACAACCACACCAUCACCGCCCUGGCUGUGGCGUUGAAGCAGGCUCAGGCUCCUGAGUUCCGUGCAUACCAGACCCAGGUUCUGGCCAACGCGAAGGCGUUUGCUCAGAGAUUGGGUGCGCCCAAGGACAAGGGAGGUCUGGGUUACAAACUCGUCUCGGACGGCACCGACAACCACCUCGUCCUGGCGGACCUGAAGCCGCAAGGCAUCGACGGUAGCCGUGUUGAGCGUGUACUGGAGCUCGUUGGUGUCGCAGCCAACAAGAACACCGUUCCCGGCGACAGGUCAGCGCUGGUGCCGGGUGGUCUGCGCAUGGGAACCCCGGCGAUGACGACGAGGGGAUUCAGCGAGGAGGACUUCGGCCGUGUCGCCGAUAUCGUCGACCGGGCCGUCACCAUCGCCGUCCGCAUAGAUAAGAGCGCAAAGAAGGCGGCCGAGGAGAAGGGAGAGAAGAAGCCCGGUCUGCUGAGACACUUCAUGGAGCACCUCGGUGAUGGAGAAACGGAUCCCGAGAUCGUUCAGCUCAAGUCGGAAGUGGCCGACUGGGUAGGCACAUACCCGCUGCCGUGGGAUGUCCGCUCUUAG